AUGAAUAAAACGAAUGAGAGCCAUGAUGAUGCUACCGCGGGUGACGUCGAUGGCUGGAAGAUACCUCGACUCAUUGCCGUUCAGGAUGAUUGCCCAGCACAACCCGCGCCAAAAAAGGGACCAACCGCCACCAGCGUCAAAUACGGGUCCCGACAUAUCAAAUGA